UUUAAGUUAAUCUAAUUGUAAGUAAUAUUCUUAUUACUUAGAUGCGUAGUUUACAAUAAAUUUCAAACGAUUUCAUAUUAACGAUGAAGUAAUCAUGCACGGAAGUAAUUUUCCAACAUCAUUACUUGUUGAGGAAAACAAAUUAUUGCAGAUAAACAUAUGAAUAAGUUCUUGUUAAUGCUUAUGAUUAACACAAUUUGGAUAUUUAAAAUUUCGUCGUUACAUAAUAUGUACUCAAUACUCAUUACUUAAAUAUUUUAUACAACGUAUAAACUAAGUAUGUCCUUAUCUUAAUUGCAAUGUUUAGGUUGUAAUGCCUCUGUGGAUAGUAUAAAUAGUAAUAGAAAACUUAUUUUUCCUGCCAAUAUUUUUUUGAUUCGGGAUUGUGUUUUUGUUUUAACUGUAAAUAAAAAUAAGAAAAAAUGAUUUUACAAUAUUUGAUAUUAUUUGCGUGUUUUAUGGGAAUACUGCAUAAUUGCUAUGCAGAUGAUGAUACGUCGUCCCAUAAAAACAGUUUAUCCCAUUCGAAAAAAGGUUCGUUGCUUCCAUCAAUAAUUCCAAAAAAUACUGCAUUAAAGAAGCAAGUGAUUCCAAGUUGUUACUAUGGUGUCAAUAUGCUUUCAAUUAUUCUUUUUACAAGGAAGGAUAAAGAUGGUAUCAAUCUUACGACCAAGAAUUUAACGAGUUCUGGCAUAUUUAGAAAAGAAAAAUUAGUACAUCCAGUUGUAAUCCUUAUACAUGGUUUUAUUUCAAGUCCAAAUAAUUCUAAUUAUAAGAAUUUGGCACACGUUUUGUUAGAAAAAGAGGAUGUACAUGUAAUAUCAAUUGAUUGGAAAAAGGGGGCUUGUGAUGGCGGUUUAUCUAUUUUUCAAUUACCUGGUUAUCCUGAAGCCGCUAAAAAUACGAAGGCGGUUGGCAAAUAUGUCGCUUAUCUUACCAAGAUACUCGUAGAAAAUUAUGAGGUGCCUAUACAAAAAAUACAAGUAAUUGGACACAGUUUGGGCGCACACAUUGCAGGUUUUGCAGGGAAAGAAAUCCAAAAGUCAAAUAUAGGAAAGUAUAUUCGAAUUACUGGGCUUGAUCCCGCUGGGCCCUUAUUCUGGAACAAGAAAUGUUCGGACAGACUCUGCAAAACAGAUGCAGAAUAUGUUCAAAUUCUACAUACAACUACCUUCAUCGGAACGGACAUACGUUUAGGAAACAUUGAUUUCUAUAUAAAUGCAGGACAUACUCAACCCAAUUGCAAACUUAAUGUGAUUUGCUCUCAUUCUAUAGCUGUGGAAUACCUUACCGAGUGUAUAAAAUAUAAAUGUUGUUUAAUUGGUAUACCGUGGGAUUAUUAUCACAAAAAGAUUCCUCUUUCAAAGUGCACAAAUAAAACUUGCGUUUGUAUUGGAUUGAACACAAAGAAUUAUUCUAUCGAUGGCUCAUUUUAUGUACCAGUUGGAGCCAACUCUCCCUAUUGCUAUAACAAAGGCUUUAAGCUUUAAUUAAAAAAGGAAAUUCUUAUAAACGUUAAUACAUGUAAUAAUGAAUAAGUAAUUAAAUUAUAUACAUAGAAAUAUUUUUAUAUAUAUAUU